AUGAAGAUUUUGUCAUGGAAUGCAAGGGGGUUGGGAAGGAAAGAUAAGAGGGGAAAAUUUUUGAAGCUGGUAAGGGAUAGAAAGUUGGAUAUGUUGAUGUUACAAGAAACGAAGAAAACCAAUGUCGAUGAAAUAUUUGUGAAGUCAAUGUGGCCUAUUCAUUCGUUACAGUUUUUGGCAGUGGAUUCGGUGGGAAAUGCAGGGGGCUUGCUAUGUGUGUGGAAUCCUACUGUCUUCAAGAUUUUAGAGUGCUGCAGUACGAGGAAUUUUUUACUUCUAUCAGGUAUUUUUAAACAAUCAUUUGAGUGUGUAAUUGUUAACAUCUAUGCUCCUAACGAUGAGAGGAGUAGGGGUCGAUUAUGGGAACUAUUGGUCAGGCUGAAGUCAUCUUUUCAUAAACCUUGGUGUAUUAGAGGGAAUUUUAAUGAAAUUCAUUUUCUAAAUAAAAGAAGGGGUUUCUUGAGGAGGGACAAGGGAAUGAUUGAAUUUAAUGAAUUUAUUGAGCUUAUAAAGCUAGUAGAUUUGUCGCUGAUAGGGAGGGACUUUACAUGGUGUAAUUCAUUUGAAGGUGAUAGAUGGAGUCGAAUUGAUAGGUUUUUGUUGGAUCCUUUGUGGUUAGAAAAGUUUAGUCUUAAGCAGUGGGGUCUUCCAAGGAAUAUUUCUGACCACUGUCCUUUGGUGCUGAUGGAGGAUAAAAGAGAUUGGGGUCCUAGACCUUUUCGAUUCUUAAAUGCCUGGAGUUUACAUCCUAAUUUUAUGUCUUUCGCGAAGAAAUCUUGGUCAGAGGCAGAGACUUUUGGAUGGGCUGGCUUUAGGUUAAAGAACAAGUUUGCAAGUUUGAAGAUGGCAUUAAAGAAAUGGAAUGUGGAGGUCUUCAGAAAUGUUGAACCUCAGCUCAAAUCUGUUGAGGAGGAGCUUCAUGAGAUUGACUUAAAAGCUGAAAAUGGGUCACUUUUGGAUACCAAAAAAGGGCUAGAAUUAAAUGGGCUCAAGAUGGGGAUAAAAAUAUGA